CCUCCGAUCUAGCCUCCUUGCGUCCGGGCUCCGCCCGGCCCUCCUCCUCCUCCUGUUAAUCUCUCGGGGGCCGAAGCUGAGUUCUUAAAGGGCCAGCGCGCCUCUCCCCUUCCCUGCGCUCUGCGCAGCUGCUCCCAAGCGGGAGACGGGCGCCCCCCGCCCCCGCCGCGCUCAGAAGUGCCCUCCAUGGAGCCACAAGGGGCCGUGGCCAGCCUAGGUCCCGAGGGCCCCGGCCAACUCCAGGAGCCCUAUGCCGUCCCUGCCUUUGGCUCGCAGCCUGAAGACCCAGCCCAGGACAGCUCCGAUGGUUCCGACACUGUGUUGUUGCGCCUGUAUCCUUGUACUCCAGACUCGGGGAGUCCCGACCUGGAUGGGGUCCUCACUGCACCUCACAGCAGUUCCUUGAAGCACUCUACCACCCUGACCAACCGGCAGAGGGGAAAUGAGAUUUCAGCCCUGCCUGCCACCCUGGACUCUCUGUCCAUCCACCAGCUUGCCGCUCAGGGAGAACUGACCCAGCUGAAAGAAUACCUUCUUAAAGGUGACAACUUGGUGAACAAACCCGAUGAGCGUGGCUUCACCCCCCUGAUCUGGGCGUCUGCUUUCGGAGAGAUCGAGACUGUGCGCUUCCUGCUGGAGUGGGGUGCUGAUCCUCACGUCCUGGCCAAGGAACGGGAGAGUGCCCUCUCACUGGCCAGCACUGGAGGCUACACAGAUAUUGUGGUCAUGCUUCUGGAGCGGGACGUGGACAUCAACAGCUACGACUGGAACGGCGGGACUCCACUGCUGUACGCUGUGAGGGGGAACCACGUGAAGUGUGUGGAAGCUCUGCUGGCCAGAGGGGCAGACCUGACAACAGAAGCGGAUUCAGGCUACACCCCAAUGGACCUGGCUGUGGCCUUGGGACACAAGAAGGUCCAACAGGUGAUGGAGAACCAUAUCCUUAAGCUUUUUCAGAACAAGCUGCUUCCAGAGACAGAGUGAAGGGGGCCUAGGACACUGGGCUUUGGUCCUCUGCCUUCCAUCUGGUGCUCAGGAAGGCCAGCUCACUAAGAAGCCAGUUCUUCAAUACCCAUGGCCAGGGAGAACAGGUCCAAGAGGAGGUGUCCCUCUUCCUAUGGCUGAAGGCCACCUACAGAGCUUUGGGGGGGGACUACCCAAGAACUCAGUGCCCAAUGAUCAUGUCCAGUGUGACACAGCAGGCAGACCCCGAACGGAAACAAGGCAGCUCCUCUCCUUCCCAGGACCACGGGAGGGACUGUGCUACUGGCUAAUGACUUGCCCUGGCUGGAAACGUAGCUCCCCAGCCCACUCUAUCCGGCCAUGCUGGCUCCUCUGCCACCCCCACACCAAUCAUGCCUCCUCUAGCCCAAGAAAUGGGAACAAUAACCAAUAAAAACCAGCUGCUACCCCAACAACCAGGGCGAACAUAGACUGUUGCUCCCCAUCUCUUACAACAACUGCAGGGGUGAGAAAAUUUAAAACCACAUCCUAGGGAAGACUGGCUAUAAAGAAAUAGGGUGAUUUUAGCCUGGAAAAGAGGAUAAACAGCUACUCUACUCAAAUCUAA